AGCUCUACAAAAGCUGCCGGUAUCCUCCGCGUCUUCUUCCACGAUUGCAUGGUCGAGGGUUGCGACGCGUCCAUCCUCAUUGCCUCCAACCAAUUCAACAAGACUGAGCUUGACUCCGACAUCAAUGAAUCCCUCCCUGGAGACGCCUUCGACCUCAUAACUCAUGCCAAGAAUGCGCUUGAGCUCGCUUGCCCUAACGUCGUCUCCUGUUCCGACAUCCUCGCCAUCGCAACCCGAGACCUCGUAAAAAUUGUUGGUGGUCCCUUUUUCCAAAUCCCAUUAGGUCGAAAAGACGGCCUUGUGUCGAAGGCCUCACAUGUCGAGGAAAACCUAGCUAGGGCUAACACGUCGAUCGAUGAAAUAAUUCGAAGGUUUGAGACGAAAGGGUUCACAGUGGAGGAAAUGGUGGCAUUAAUGGGUGGUGGACACACGAUUGGAUUCUCUCACUGCAAGGAAUUCGGAAACAGGAUAUUCAACUUCAGUAAGACGUUAGAUGUUGAUCCUUCGAUGAACCCUAAAUUUGCAGAGCGGUUGAGAAACAUUUGUGAGAAUUAUCAUACAAUGCCGCGCAUGGCGGCUUUCAACGACCCCAUUACGCCGGGGGUGUUUGACAACAUGUACUUCCAAAACCUUCUUCGAGGGUUGGGUCUUCUCGAGUCCGAUCAAGUACUCAUGAGAGACACAAGAACGAGGCCGAUCGUCGAGCAUUAUGCAAAGCAUCAGACAGCAUUCUUCGUGACAUUUGCUAAAGCGAUGGAGAAGACUAGCGUUUAUGGGGUUAAGACCGGUCUCCCUCUUAUGAAAUCAUAA